AAGGUCUUUCGAUUGUCGUGUGACGUCAUCAAUUUUCAACAAUCGCACGAGCAGUAUUCCGGAAUAUUUUUACCGUUAUCAGCUUUAAUUUUAGUGGCUAAAAUUAAAAUCCGGUUAUGGUUUCACAAUGUCUGCUGAAGAGAAAGACGUCUCGCGAAAGAAAAAUGGCACAUUUGCCAAGAAAGGACACGGGAAAAAGGUACUAGGUUUGAGAAAAGGUUUAAACUCGCGCUUAGCUAGUAGUAAUGGUGAUCCUUUACCCCCAGUUCAGAAGCAUAUGGAUGAAACAUGUGACACGGAUUGUGAUAUUCCAGUGCACAUUGACCACGACUAUUACGGCAUCCAGGAAGAGGUUAUAGUGUGUAGUGAUGAAGUUGAUGAAGAUUCAUUUGUUCCCGAUGAAAAUACUUAUGACUGGCGUGUGGGUAGACGAAUUGUGGAGUUGGGCAUGCUCGCAGACGGCCUAAGAGCUUGCAAGCUUUGCCAAUUUCCUUUACAACUUCACAACUGCAUAAGUGAAAAGAAAUUUGGACUUUCGCACAUAUUAAAUAUAAAAUGUGAAAACUGUGAGCUAAUUAAUGACGUUGCUACAGGAAGCCGUCACAGAACAGAAAAAGGAGGGUUGGCCUGGGAUGCGAAUACAAAACUAGCUGCAGGAAUGAUCAAUGGAGGGUUUGGAGAAAGCCACAUAAAUACCUUACUUGCUGUUCUUAAUAUUCCUGGAAUAUGCCAUAAAAACUUGAAAGAAAGAGAGAGAGAAGUGGGGCAAAAACUUGAAGUCAUGGCAAAUGCAUCAUGUAAAAGAAAUCUGGCAAAUGAAGUAGCUUUGACUGAUUCACAUGAGGAUGGCAUUGUUGUGAGCUUUGAUGGAGCUUGGCAGAAACGAGGAACUGGAAGGGCAUACAACAGUCUUACUGGUCAUGCCAGUCUGAUAGGCAACAAAACAGGUAAAUGUGUUGGUUAUGCACUGAAAAGUAAGAAAUGCCGUAUCUGCAGCGCCGCCAAGGAAAAAAAUGUAACACCAAGAAAGCAUAACUGCAAGAAAAAUUGGAAAGGAGCGGCCAAGUCAAUGGAACCAGCCAUGGCUUGUGAAAUGCUGCAGUCUGUUUUGGACCAGGGAGAAAAAGUAUCAACUCUUGUGAUGGACAAUGACAGUACGACUAUAGCUAGAGUAAAGUCAACAGUGGACCAAAAUAUUACUAAGCGAUGUGAUAGUAACCACACAAGAAAAGGCUUUACAGCUUCCCUCAUAGAGUUGAGCAAGGCACACAAGUUACUGCGCAACACGAAAGUCCGCUCCCACAUUGAGAGGUGUUUUACCUACAGUAUUUCCCAAAACAAAGGCCAACCAGAGCAACUGGCUGAUGCAUUAAGCAGUAUAGUUCCUCAUUUGUAUGGUGAACAUUCUAGUUGUGGAUCCUGGUGCAGGGGCAAUGAGGAGGGAUACAAGCACAAGGCACUACCAUAUGGUAAACCCCUUGAUGACAGAGACCUUAGGGAAGCCCUGCAGUCUCUUAUGGAAAAAUUCAGUUCAAAGUCAUCUGAAUUGGCGUAUAUGGGUUCCACUCAGCCAAAUGAGAGUUUUAACUAUAUGGCUGCCUCAAAAGCACCAAAGAGAUUCUUAACAAGAGUUGUUCUGUGUCGCCGGGUACCUACACAAUUAGACACAUGAGACGUAAAGACAGGAAGAUGCAAAGAAAACGACUAAGAGUUGGACAGCCGGAUGUUAAACGUAGGAGACUGGAACUAAAGGCUGAAAGGCAAUCAAAGAAUGCAUCUCAGUCUGUUCUUGAAGGAGACACAUAUCAGACAAACAUUUGCCUGGGGUUGGAAGAAAACAUUGAUUUAAAUGACAUUCAACUUAAUUCCCCUGUAGAAAACCUACACACAUAUCCAUUGGUGUUUUUUGAUUUGGAAACUGGA